UGAAACUGGUCGACCCGGACGAUAAAUUGCCCCAACCGUGAGUAGGUUUAAGCGCGCCAGCAGAUAGUCCCAGUACACGGAGCGGUACACACUCGUCUGAGCCCCUGGGCUGUGAGUAAAAUGAACGACGCAGAGCUGUACGCCAAAUCGAGCAGCCUUCAGCAGCAGUUCGUGAACAAGGUGCUACGGGAGCUGUGGCCGGCGUUGGACUGGCGGUGCGCUCAAGGCACUGUGCUGGACGUCGGCUGCGGUGCUGGUGACGUCACGACACAGGAGCUGCUGCCGCGACUGCCACCAGCAGUCAGCGUCCUCGCUGUAGACAUCAGCCCCGCCAUGGUAGCCAAGGCUGCAGACAGGUUCUCUGGGCCACGUCUGUGCUUCCGUCAGCUGGACAUUGGCACGCCACGUAUUGAAGAAACAGACGUUUGGAAGCUAGGGCCCUUCCCAAAGGUGUUCUCCUUCUGUCUGCACUGGGUGCAGGAUCAGAGACUCGCCCUUCAGAACAUCGGUAAGCUUCUCUCUCCCGGAGGUGAAACAGUUCUGAUCAUCGUGACCGGCAGUCCCAUCUAUAUGACUAUCGAAACACUGGCAAAGUCCUCUCGCUGGAGUGCCUACAUGAUGGAUUACCGUCAGUUCGAGUCACCUUACGUACAUACGGAAAAUCCAGUGGCCGUUCUGACGAAAUACCUGCAUGAAGCUGGUUUCUCCGUCAAAACAUGCCUCAAUGAGGACAGCAUCUAUUCUUCCACGGAUGAGCAAAAAAUUAAAAAUACGAUAACUGCGAUAAACCCGUUCGUCGGUAGGAUUCCGCAGCAGCAGCGGGAGGCCUUCAUACAGGACUGCGUGGCAGAGGCCUACAGUAACGGCACGAUACGCGCUGACACUCUGCCGAGCGGCAACGUCUACUCCUUCCCGUACAGCGCCAUGUUCGCCCACGCAGUCAAGGCCUGAGCUUGGUGGUUUCUUCAGUGGUGAUCUCUGAUGAUUCGCAAAGCUCGCAUUUUACUCUAUUUUCCUCGUAUCGUCUGUGUGCGCAACGUUCUCGUUAAAUCCAUGCUACUUCGCGACCACUGUCCUUCAUAUGUGUUUGUGGAAUACCAUCUCAACUCAUUCUUGACAAGAAUACUUCAACACUUGCCUAGGGUUAUUCAAAACCCAGUCUCUCACAAAAACUAGUAUAUUUUCAAUCACAGUAUAAUUCUGCUAUUGUCUCAUGUAUGAGUUGGGGAUUAGCCCAAAAUUCUAUUCCUCCGGCAUAUACUCCAGAAACAACUUUCACGACGAACGCUCAGGAUUUUUCUUCACGGCCAUGAAGCAAUCGUCAAUGGUGGUUUAACGUUGCGUUGUCGGAUCUCAGGACGCUCUACUGUUUUUAGUGUAUCUCGUCGUGUGUGUGUGUGUGUGUGUGUGUGUGUGUGUGUGUGUGUGUGUGUGUGUGUGUGUGUGUGGGGGGGGGGGGGGGGAGAUGAUUAUGUUUCAUAUAAAUGCUGAAUGUAGGAAGGUAGUGCUCCUGAGUAACACAGGAAAUAAGCUGUGGAAACUUAAACAUUAUUUACGUAAGGAUAGGUGUUGUGAAAGGAACUUGGAUAAAAAGCCUGAAACGAAAAUUGGCAACUUUUAAUAAUUGGUAACUUUUUAAUUAUAGGCAGUAUUCAAAAAUGAUUUUUCUAUCACUAGAAACAGUAAAGGAUGACGUUUGCUGGCAAUCCAUUAUUUCGUGUGUACUAUUUAUACUGACUUUUAACUUACAGCUACUGAAAAUGUCUCAGAACUUAGUCUUCAAACUGUUUUUCCCAUAUUUUUUUUAUAGCCUGUUAAUUGCAUGUAUUUAUUGUAUUAAUUGCUAACAGAAUACAGUAAAUUUCUCUUCAGAUGAUUUCAGAAAUACUUUUCUAAUGCUGACAUAAUUCCGGCACUCACGUAAGCGAAAGAGGAACUUUGUCUUAGAGUCGAAGCAAUCAUAUUGUUCUCAAAGUAACGUCUGUCUGAAGAAGAAUAGUCACACCAGCCACAUUACCACCUCGCAUCGGCCACAUCCGCCUCUUUGUUCAUUUAUACUUGGUUCGGGACACGAAGUAACAGCUUGUUGUUCGCGAGAAUUGCCAUAGCGACAGAGGAUUAAUUUGGACACCCGUUGUGUCCUAUUCACCAUUGCCGUUUUUCCUUGAUUCCUCAGCUGAUGCUUCACCGCACGCACACAGUGCCAACAACAACAACAACAACAACAACAACUACUACUACUACUACUACUACUACUACUACUGGUAUCGUGGCUUUCCUUUCCUUAGUCUCCUCUGUUACUCUGUACGAAAUUCUUACUUUAAGAACUACUGCAGCCUCAUAUAGUGGUACCAUUUUUAUAUCAAGUAUGAAGUAAAAUUUUCCACUCCG